AAUGACUGUGGGGGGAAGAUUAUGGCAAAACAGACAAGGUACAUGUCUCUUCGCUCUAACAAUGGGAAUCUUUGUCCACAAGGUAGCCCAGCUGACUAUCUAGUUACCGCCUUUCUUUGGAUUGGUGGAUACAUUUCAUUCUUGUAAUCUCUUUGAAUAUUUGAUUAGGGUUUUGGACGUCAACCGCAUGCAUUCAAUGAAGAGCGAUGUAUGCUACUAGCCUCAUGGCAUAAAUAUGUAUAGCCAUCUCGAGACAACUCCGAUAUGAAGUGUUUUUUUCUCAAAGUUGCUGGGAUGUCACGUGUCCUAUAUUUUUAUUUAACUAGGCAAGUCAGUUAGGAACAAAUUCUUAUUUACAAUGACCUACCCCGGACACACCCUAAUGACACUGGGCCAAUUGUGCGCUGCCCUAUGGGACUCCCAAUGACGGCCGGUUGUGAUACAGCCUGGAAUCGAAACAGGGUCUGUAGAGACGCCUCUAGCACGGAUAUGCAGUGCCUUAGACCGCGGAGCCCCAAAAUAUCAAUAUUAUAUCAGUACACUCGUAACAACUUAAGCAUUACGAAACUUAUAUUUGAUCAAAUAAACCUCACGUAGCAAAUAAACCAUUCAUUAUUUUGUUGACCAAAAUUGACAAUCUCAUUGUCCUCUAUGGGCUCCCGAAUGGCGCAGUGGUCUAAGGCAGUGCAUCUCACGGCCGGUGUAGGCCGUUAUUGUAAUUAAUCAUUUGUUCUUAACUGACUUGCCUAGCUAAAUAGAGGUUAAAAUAAAAACACAACAACUUCUUGCUUGGUGGGCGAAAAAACGCAAUUUGCUGGAGGGAGCCAGAUUUUCCGCAGAGUUGGGCCUCUCUUUUUCUCUUCCUGCUGUAGGUUGGUUGAGACCAGGGGUGUAUUCAUUACGGAAACCGUUAACCGUUCAAGAACCAAACGGAAGCCACAAAGACAACUGAACAAAACGGGGAGGGGCAUACCUGCAUUUGUCCAAUAUAAGUUGUCCGUUUGGAGUAAAAGUAGACGAAACGUUUUGCAAAGGAAUCAGCACAAGGAAUAGCUACACCCCCAGAAAUAAAAAUCGUUUCCUUGGUUCGCGGCGUGUAGAGACAGAAUGUGUUCUCGAACGAGGCUAAAUUCUGAAUGCUGUCGUGCCAAAAUGGGAUGCAACUUUUGUCAAAUUGAUGUCUAAAGUUAUUUUUUGUUUUGCAUUUUAGUUCACCCUAACCAUAACCUAAUUUGAUAAGUCAAUUUUGACAAAAGCUGUAUAUUUUCUAGACAAAACCACAGAACGUAAUAUAAAUUCCGAGAAUGUAAACGCGAUUUAUAUCACAUAAUAUGUGACCUGGUGGAUUUGUUGUUACUCUUUUCCUUAUCGUUUACCUGUCAGUGCUUAUGUGGAAUAAAGUUGAUGAAUCGAAGAUAUGAUGCUGUCUACACACCAUAAGGGAUGAAGUAACUGGCAAAACAAUGUUGAUCUGAUUUCAAAUACAUUAGUUAAGGAUAUCAUCAGAAAGGGAUGUUCGAGAUGGACAGGGUAGCUCAUGCAGAAGAUGAGCCCAGAGGAGGGACUGGGUUAGUGGAUGCCUUUAAGAUCCUCUCUAAGGUCCCAUACGAGAGACAGCUAAGCCUGACUUUCAAGUUGGGUGAUAGCCUGGCCGAGGAGCUGGUACAUGCCAUGUCUCUCAUCCGCCUCGGGAAGAGGUCAGAGGCACUGAACAAGCUCCAGGCUUUGGGGGACAACAACAUAAUUGCUAACCAUCUGGCUGAAAAGGUGAGAAUGUGUGGAGUCAAGUUGGAGGACUUAACAGUGAGCAUUGUUCCUUUCCAAGAGUGUACCGUGGGCACCUUAGCAGACCUAGCGAGGAUUUUCAAGGUGUUGGCUGAGGAGAGGUUGUGUGACUCAUCUCUGAGGGAUUUGGCUUACCAGACAGCUCUAGCCACAUUCAAGAACAAGAACAGUGGUGAAGAGAGUUCAGAAUCAGAAUACAUACAGAUGCAGCUGAGAGAAGAAGCCAACAGGGUCUGUGGGCCUCAGAUUGAGGACACAGUUGGGGGGAUGUGUUUCCCUAAGGACUCCUCAUCAGGCCUUUGCUCCAUCCCGACGCUGGACCAAGGGAGCACAGCUUUACAAAAACCAGGCUUUCCCAAUCAGACAAGAAGUGGUCACAGUCCGCCGUCCUCCCUACGGGAUGACACCUCCAUAUGUUCCUACCCUUCUCACUUGGAGAUCAGUGUAUCUGAAACAGUUGGCUUUAAAACAAGCAACACCCCAGCCUCCUCCAAUGAGGAGCCAUCCCAGCCUCCUCCAAUGAAUUUGGAGCCCGUACAAUCACCUGUUACACAUUAUGGUACAAAUACAGGAGAUGAAGGUGCAUUUAAAUACUUUUCCAGGGUUACGUCUCGGGAUACACCACCCACACAAGAUGUGCCUAAGCCUGUUAAAGGAGAAAUGGACAGAGUUACAAGUGUUGCAGUGUCUUGUGAACACAGAACAGGGUCAGAGGUGAGAGUUUCACCCCUUUCUCCUGGCAAUUUCACUCCAGUUCAGACUAAGUUCGAUAACCCUGAGAGUCCAAACGCACAUUCCAUACCAUGCCCAAAAAAUAACCUUGUGGCUCCCUCAAACAACAAUAGGCCAACUUCUCAUCCAACUACCACUGAACCAGUGUCAGCAAGUGCUCCAUUGAAAACCCCAAAUCAGGAGGAGGAGGAGGAGGAAGUGUUUUUCUCCUUUGUCAUCCUGCAUGCAGCAGAGGAUGUGGAUAUGGCUGAGAAGUUUAAAGAGGAACUAGAGUCUAUAGUUGGUGGUGAAGGAGCAACCUUCUCUCAGGACUUUGCCAUCCCAGGCAGGAACACCCUCAUGUGUGUGGAGGAUGCCAUCAACAAUUCAGCCUUCACUAUUCUGAUGCUUACUCGCAACUUCAACACCCGUCUGCUGGAGGUAGAAACCAGUUCUGUGCUCAUGAAUGCCAUUGAGAACCUGCACAAAUACAACACUGUCAUCCCUUUUCUGCCACAGGAGAACCGUAUGCCCCGAGAGAACAUGCCCAAAGUUCUGAGGAUCUUUAUUCCGUUAGAGGAAGGUAAUGCCUUUGAGAGAAAGGCAAAAAGGGCCAUGGCUCCAGCAAGGAUUGCUAAACAGAGGAGGUUGUGGUUGAGCGAGCAGGCAGUGAGGGCGCAGGUUAGGAGACAGGAGAGAUUACGACUAGAGGAAAGGCUUCAAAUGGAUUUAAUUCGUGGUCAGGAGACGGAAAGAAUGCAGAGAUAUUUGUUGCAACAACAACUUUCCAAUCAACCCUCGACUCCCGCAAUGCCCCACUUUACUACUGAUCCAUUUUUAGGAAGUACACCUAGAAAUGUGUCCAAUAUGUCAGUGACACCACUGCAACAUGGGUGGAGUCACCCACCAGGAAACAUCCACAUCCAGAAUGCUCGCUAUAUCAUGUUUGGGAAUGACUCUAAAAUGACUGUCGGACAAGGAGGGGACAGCAGUGGGGAUGAAGAGGACAGGUUCUAAAUUGAAUAUGAUGUAAUAAAGAAGAGGGUUAAAUGUGGUCUUGUGAAAGCUAGUUAUUCUGGAGUAAUCAUUUAGGAGUAUAUUACACUUUUGGGACAGCUAUCCUGUUUAUUUUCUUCUUGAUGGCCAUUUUGUCUAUUGAUGGUGUUUUUGUAUUGAGUAUGAUCAUAAUUCAAUGUUACAUUAGUUGAUUACUUAAACAAAUAAUUUCUGAUGCCCUGUUCCAUUUAUGUGAAAGUUCUCAUUUUGAAUCAACUGUCAUCGCUUGCAAAAGCUGUCAUUUUAAAUCUGGAGACAAACGUGCAGUCUCAGGUACACUGAGAAUGAGGGGAUUGGUGCAAACUGGUGAAUAGGUAAUAAGAUACGUUUGUUGUGGUUUAAUAUAAUUGUUUCUCUUUUAAAAUGAUGUGUUUUUUUUUCAUUGUGUUCAAUUACUUCUGAUAUGUAAUGAAUACAUAAGGCUCCAGUUCCUCUUUUCACCUGAACCUAUUUGUUGAUACUGUGUUUAACUAACAAGGCCAACUAUGUUUGGAUCACCAAUAGAGCAGCAUAAAGGAAUUCAAGCAUGAUUACAUUUUAUUCAAUCAAUAGUCUAGAGGUGCAUAACAUUUGAUAUAAAAUACAAACAACAAAGAUUUUGAUAAAUGCAGAGUUGGUAGAAAUGUCAGUGAAUGUGCAUGGGUAAAACAUGUAGUGUAUGAGAGAGCAAAAGAAACAAGAAGUUUAAUGUAGUCAGACAUGUAUCUGUAUCUGUUUUCUGAUUGUAAUAACCUUUACAACAGGUUGGUAAAAUACAUUUAUUUUAAAAUACUGGCUAAGGGAAUAUAAUGUUCUUGAAGACUGGGGACCUCCAUUGGCAGCCCGGCAGGGAGUAGAGCGGAUGCAGGCUCACUAACACACUAUUACAUGACUCCUUUUCCCCGGUCAUGCACACAUGAUUUGGGCCAUGUUUGUCCCAGCUAUGCAGUCUCCAUGUGGGUUUCAUGGGCCAAUCAUAGCACCAUCUCUCCGGUCGCAUACAUUUACAUUUUACAUUUAAGUAAUUUAGCAGACGCUCUUAUCCAGAGCGACUUACAAAUUGGUGCGUUCACCUUAAGACAUCCAGUGGAACAGCCACUUUACAAUAGUGCAUCUAAAUCUUUUAAGGGGGGAGGGGGUGAGAAGGAUUACUUUAUCCUAUUCUAGGUAUUCCUGAAAGAGGUGGGGUUUCAGGUGUCUCCGGAAGGUGGUGAUUGACUCCGCUGUCCUGGCGUCGUGAGGGAGUUUGUUCCACCAUUGGGGGGCCAGAGCAGCGAACAGUUUUGACUGGGCUGCGCGGGAACUGUACUUCCUCAGUGGUAGGGAUAGCAUAGUUCUGUCAUAAGAGUCCAGGAACCUCUCGAUUGGGUAAUAAGUUCCCAGAGAUCCCACCACCUCCAUGGAGCCUCUGUGAGUGAUAGAAAGGCAAAGUCCAGUCCACAAACGCAGUAGUGUCAUAAUAACCUCUAGGUUCCUGUGGAGGGUACUGUGGCUUCAUCCAGCCCCAGGAUCCAUGCAGCCCACUUCUACCCCCACAGUGCCUCUCCCGAUGGCUACAGCCUAGCUCGGUCCAGGACCAGCCCAGAGAGCCAGCUGUACUGUACCCGUCCUCCAGCUCCCUCUGGUGCCUGCUCCUCCUGGCCUUCCUGUGCUGGCUGAAGUCCCCCAACAGGAAGUUUCCCAGGUGGGCUGGGUGGAUGCCCCAAUGGUGGCCCUUCCAGUCCUCGUAGCGGCCCACCUUGAUUUAUAGUUUAAUACAAUUUUGACUAUAUAUAUAUUUUAAUACAUAGGUUAUACAGCCAAUACCUAGUUUAACUAUCAAGGAUAAAGCAAUUACUUAUUUCCAAUGAUGGUCCUUUUAUACAGAACAAAAAUACAAAUGCAACAUGUAAAGUUUUGGUCCCAUGUUUCAUGAGCUGAAAUAAAAGAUCCCAAAAAUG